CGCCGCAGCGGCCGCCCCGCCCCGGGGGCGGAGCCGGGCCUUCGGGCCUGCAGUGUUUACAUCCGCCCGGGACUGGGACGAGGAAGGGCCGUGAAAGGGAAGGGCCGUCGCUGUCUUCGCCGCCGCCAGAGUCUUCGCGAGCCCCCGCCGAGCCCGAACCCACCGGGUCAUGAGCGCCCCGGGCCAUGGACACCAGCGAUCUCUUCAUCAGCUGCAAGAAAGGAGACGUUUGCCGAGUCCGCUACCUUCUGGAGCAGAGAGAUGUGGAGAUCAAUGUCCGGGACAAAUGGGACAGUACCCCUCUAUAUUAUGCCUGCUUGUGUGGACAUGAGGAGCUUGUACGUUACCUUCUGGCCAAUGGAGCCAGGUGUGAAGCUAACACUUUUGAUGGGGAGCGCUGCCUUUAUGGGGCACUGAGCGACACCAUCCGUCGGGAGCUGAGGGAUUACAAGCAGAUCACCUCCACCCGAAUGCAGAGGGAUUAUUAUGAUGACUUUCUGCAGCGGCUCCUGGAGCAAGGCUACCAGAGCGACAUUGUUUUCAUCGUCCAUGGGAAGUCCUUUUGUGCCCACCGAUGUAUCCUCAGUGCCCGGAGCAGCUACUUCGCCAACAUGUUUGAUACCAAGUGGAAGGGGAAAAGCGUGAUCGCCCUCAAGCACCCACUGAUCAAUCCCAUGGCCUUUGGCUCCCUUCUGCAGUAUCUCUACACAGGCCGCUUGGACAUCGAUGUGGAACACGUGAGUGACCUGAAGAGGCUGGCCAAGCAGUGUCAGCUGCAGGAGCUUAUCACCGGCGUGGAGACCAAGUGCAAGAAGGCCUAUGAGUUUGUGGCCUCGAAGCCAGGGACAUGUGUGAAGGUGCUGACCAUUGAGUCACCCCCUGCCGACUGCCGGCUCCGGGAAGACCUGGCGUUGCUGGCGGACUGUGCCUUGCCUCCGGAGCUCCGGGUGGGCUUCGGAGAAUUACCUUUUGAUAGUACCGACAAUUUUAGCAGCUGUCCUGAUGUCUGUUUCCGUGUGGCCGACUACAACUUCUUGUGUCACAAGGCCUUCUUCUGUGGCCGUAGUGACUACUUCCGGGCUCUGCUGGAUGACCACUUCAGCGAGAGUGAAGAGCUGGCUACCUCUCCUGGCCUCCCUGCGGUCACACUGCAUGGCAUCUCCCCCGACAUCUUUACCCGAGUGCUUUACUACGUGUAUAGUGACGACACCGAGCUGUCCCCGGACAUUGCUUAUGAUGUGCUGUGUGUGGCUGACAUGUACCUGUUACCUGGCCUGAAGCGGCUAUGUGGCCGCAGCCUGGCCCAGGUGUUGGACGAGGAUAGCGUGGUUGGAGUCUGGAAGGUUGCUAAGCUGUUCCAGUUGACCCGACUGGAGGACCAGUGCACGGAGUUCAUGGCCAAGGUCAUAGAGAAGCUAGUGGAACGGGAAGAGUUUGUGGCGGCUGUGAAGGAAGAGGCUGCAGCCGUGGCUGAGCGGCAGGAGACAGACUCCAUUCCCCUGGUGGACGACAUCCGUUUCCACAUCACGAGCAAUGUGCAGACCUACAGCGCCAUUGAGGAGGCCAGCCAGAGGCUGCAGGUCCUGGAGGAGCUUCUGGCCAGCAUCGGCCUGGACUGUUGACUUGUAGAUGCCGAUAACUGGGGGACCGAGGGACCCCCUCCCCUUUCCCACGAGGGCUUGGUGUGGCUUCCCCCUUGCUGCAGAGAGGCACCAGCCCGAACACAGGGCUCUGGCCCAGCUGGACGCCGUGGCAUCUGGACAGCUUUCUCUAAGUGGCUUUGACGUCGGCUUCCCCCCUUUCCCCGAAUCUGGGGGAAGCACUGAUUAUAUCCUUGGGGUCGGAAGCCCCAAUCACUAUAGGUCUUGAAUCUUUGUCUGUAGAAGCUAAGAAUGUAUUUUUUUGCUAGGCAAAGGAGAGAAGCAUUGACAAGAUGGACUUCUCUUCUUGACCACAUACAUAUGUGUGGGCAAAGCCCUCCCCCCCAGACCCUCCAGCCAUGGGGCAGAUGGGCUUUUCACUCCUAUGGGACAUGGGCGGUGGAGAUCAUUCUUCCCCAGCCUGCCUUAUGCCAUCCAGGUUUCCCCUCACUGUGGGGGAAGAGAAGGUGCAGGGAUCCAGAUUGUUCUCAGCUCAUCUCUUGAGGGGAGGGGUCUUUGCUUGUUGGCCUCAUUUUCCUUUCCUCUGCUUAGAAGGAUCAGAGCCUGGUCCCAGAGGAUGCAUUGUCCCAGUGAACGUCCCUUCCUUCACCACGUGGGCCCUUGACCACACGUGGGCCAAGAGCCAAUCACGUCGUGGUCUCUAGCUCAGGCUUUGCAUGUAAUGGAGAGAGGCAGGUGGCUCUGUUGGGGGCAUCCGAGGCUUCCCCAACUGCCCCAUGACACUAUCAGAGUCCAGUUUGGGGCCAAACUGGGUACUUUUGGUCCCUGGGGCCCAGCCAUGGGUGCUUCCCUCCCCCCCCUCCUCAAAGCACAAACAGGUAUCUCCCAUACUCUCCUGGUGGGGAUGUGGGAGAGUGAUUUUUGUUUGGGGUGACGAAUCCUGAGAAAGCUGGGGUGUUGGGCAAAUGGGGCUCCCCCAAAGGACCCCAAGGCUAGAUAAAGCCUGGGAAUUGUGCUAAGGCCAGAGAAAACCGAUCUGGGCUUGUGAGGAGAGUUGUUCUCCCUCCCCCUCAACUCCCCCCCAGGCUGAUUAUGGAGGCCUCCCCAGGUAGCCUUGCUCAGAGAGGAGAGGGGAGGGGCUGAGAGCUGCCCAGCAACUUUCCCUCAGAAAAAACAAAUGCCCAAACUGCAGGUUUUCAGAGCUAAGAUCUAUUCUAAUAUAUACUAUUUAAAAAUAAAACAGAGGAGCAUGUGUGCGGCAAUAAAAAUAUAUUUCCCUAUGAUUA